AUGAAUGCAAAGAUUUAUCUUACCUUCUUGAUCGCGUUCGCGUCGCAUUCAUCUGUCCAAUCGGCUCACCACCCCAAAGCUGCUAAGCAUGUGGUUUUUUCUACCUGCUCGAAACCUGGAACCCUCGCACUUACCUACGAUGAUGGACCCUAUCGGUAUCAAAACCAAAUAUCCGACUACCUUUAUGAUAGAGAUAUCAAAGGCACUUUCUUUGUUAAUGGAUACAAUUAUAAUUGCAUCUACGAUAAGGAUGUGGUUAAACACCUCAGACAUACUUUUGCACAAGGUCACUUGAUUGGUUCACAUACCUGGUCGCACACAAACAUUAGCACUCUAUCCGUCCAUGAACUUCACCAACAACUUGACUUGAAUGAAAGAGCACUAAAAAAGAUUCUAGGAAUCAAACCGAAAUUUUUCCGAGCUCCAUAUGGCGAGCAUACUAAGGAAAACUUGAAAGUACUAAAGCAACGAGGAUAUGUGGUCGUCGACUGGUCGAGUGACUCAGAGGAUUCGAUGGGCGCGUCGGCUAAAAAAUCCAAAGCGAUGUACACCAAGCUGGCCAAGAAGUAUCCAUCGCCUCAGAUCGCUCUGAACCAUGAGACGUAUAAAGAUACGGCUCACAAAGUCACCCCACAUGCCGUGACUGUUUUACAAAAGGCUGGGUAUGAGCUCAUGCAUGUAUCGGAAUGUCUGGGAAUGGGAUCAAACCUCGAAGAUCUUUAUCAAUGGGUUGGCGAGCCGUCCGAAAGAGAUGUGAGAAAUUUCCCUCUUCACAAGUAA